CGCACUCUUUCCAACUUGGGUCAGGGGUGAUUUGUUUCAGAUUUAUAAUAUAAGUUCUGUCGAGAGUACAAUUUAGUCAGUCUGUGCCGUGUGCUCUCCCGAAAACAUUACUAUUGAAAGAAUGACUGCGAAAUUAGCGUCCCAGACUGUCCCGCUCCUAGAUCCCUCGGAGCACCUUCGUCCAGAGCCUGUAUAUGCUGGAAAAUCAGAGAGUCAGUUCAGAAGGUUUGAAGAGGAUGAUGAUGAUCCCACCAUGAAACGUGUUCGAAGAACCUACUAUAAUAUGCACACAUAUCAAACCGUUGACUAUGUUCGCUCUCGAAUGGCAGAAUGGCUCCAAUUCAACAAAUUUAAGAUGACAAUUAAAGAUGCUCUUAUUAAACUGAACGACCUCUACGACGAAAGUGACCCUGAUACGGACAUGCCAAAUAUUGUUCAUGCUUUCCAAACAGCUGAAAAAGCCAGAGAAGCCCAUCCAGAUUUAGACUGGUUUCAUCUAGUUGGACUGAUUCACGAUCUUGGAAAGGUAAUGGCUUUUUAUGGAGAGCCACAAUGGUCUACAGUUGGUGACACUUUUCCAGUUGGUUGUGCUUGGGGCGAUUCUAUAGUCUAUAGAGAAAAAAGUUUCGAGAAAAACCCAGACGGAAAAGACGAGCGUUAUAACACUAAAUACGGAAUGUACAAACCAAACUGUGGUAUCGAUAACUUGAUGAUGUCCUGGGGACACGACGAAUACCUGUAUCGGGUAUUGAAACAUAACAAAACCAAAAUUCCUGAAGAAGGUUUAGCCAUGGUUCGCUACCACUCUUUUUAUCCAUGGCAUGCUUCAGGUGAUUACAUGCACUUCUGCACUCCUGCUGACAUGGAAAUGCUAAAAUGGAUAUUAGAAUUCAACAAAUUUGACCUCUACACCAAGAGUGGCGCUGUACCUGAUAUUGAAAAACUGUGGCCUUAUUACGAAGGUCUUAUUGAAAAAUACAUACCCGGUGUUAUUGAGUGGUGAGAUUUGUGCAAUUAAAAAGAUAAAUAAUUAUAAUGCUGCUUGUACAUUGUGGAUGUAAAAAUCCACAAGGGUUUACAAGAGUGAAUAAACUGAAAAAAUUCUA